GGGAGAGGACGGCCGGGAGGGGGCGGGAUACCGGGAGGUCGGCGGAGGCCGAUCGGCAGCGCUGCCGGGUCCGUUGCUAGGUGGCGCCGAAUUUGGCCUGGCGGAGGUUCCGACAAGCUCCGCUCUCACCCGGUGCCAUUGAGUGACGUGGCCGCUGUCCCGGCGGGGAAUCCGGGGGGAAGUCAACAGGCUGACCGGCUGGCAGUCCGGCCCGGCCUCACACUUGAGCCGCAGGCCUGGGCUUGGGCCUAUCAGGCGGUCGGACUGCGGCGGCGAACCGGCCGGGCGGUGAGCAUCAUGUUGUGAGGAGAACCCCCGUGAAGGCUACACGCAGUCUCCCAACCCCGGGCCGAGGGCAGGGAUGGAGGAGAAGUACAGCAGCAACAUCAUCUCCAGCGCCCGCCUGGGCCCUGUGGAUGUGCCCAGCUCCAGGUUAACUCGGUAUAUUACACUGCUGUGCCUGGCUAAGUUCCUUAAGGUUAUUGGAAUUUUUGAAUCAUAUGACCUCCUUAAAGUCGUACACAUUGUCCAAUUUGUCUUCAUAAUUCAACUAGGAUCUGCAAUAUUCUUAGUUUUGUUCCAAAAACCAUUUUCUUCAGGCAAGCCAAUCUCAAGACGGCAGUGGAUCAAGAUUGGCAAACAUGCAGUUGGUGGCUGCAUUAUUUUGCUGUUGUGGUUCUUCGGACUCACACUUUGUGGACCAUUGAGAACAAUACUUCUGUUUGAACAUAGUGACAUUGUGGUCAUUUCACUGCUUGGUGUGCUGUUUACAAGCUCUGAUGGAAGCCCAGCAAAGACGAGAGGAGCUGCAUUCUUCAUUAUUGCUGUCAUUUGUUUGUUAUUAUUUGACAAUGAUGAUUUAAUGGCCAAGAUGGCUGAACACCCUGAGGGACAUCAUGACAGUGCUUUAACCCAUGCACUAUAUACAGCUAUCUCUCUUCUUGGAGUUGCAGACCACAAGGGCGGGGUUUUACUACUCGUGAUGUCGUUAUGUUUCAAAGUUGGCUUUCAUACAGCCUCCAGAAAACUGUCCGUGGAUGUUGGUGGAGCAAAGCGUCUCCAUACAUUGUCUACUCUAAUGUCAGCCCUAUUACUGUUUCCAUGGGUAAUCAUAUUGACUGCAACCACAGAGAGUAAAAUCGAAUCCUGGUCCUCUCUUAUCAUGCCAUUCGGGACAAUCAUCUUCUGUGUACUAAUACUGGACUUCUAUGUGGAAUCUAUAUGUUCAGCCAAGAUUGAAGUUCCAAAGUGUGCACGAUAUGGUUCAUUUCUAGUCAUCUUUGGUGCCCUACUUCUUGCUAAUUUCUGGACACAUCCAAUAACUGAUCAGCUACGUGUGAUCAACAAACAAACCCUGCAUCACAGUACUGAACAUGUACUGUCAGGUGGAGUUCUGGUUAGUGCUAUUUUCUUCAUACUAGCUGCCAACAUCUUGUCCUCGCCUACCAAGAAAGGCCAGAAGGGUACUCUAGUUGGUUACUCACCUGAAGGUACCCCACUGUAUAAUUUCAUGGGUGAUGCCUUGCAGCAUACUUCUCAAUCAUUGCCUAAGUUUAUCAAAGAAUCCUUAAAACAAAUUCUGGAAGAGUAUGAUUCUAGACAGAUCUUCUACUUUCUCUGCCUUAACCUUGCCUUUACGUUUGUCGAAUUAUUCUAUGGUGUGUGGACGAACAGCCUUGGCCUUAUUUCUGAUGGUUUCCACAUGCUAUUUGACUGCUCAGCACUAGUCUUGGGUCUCUUUGCAGCUCUAAUGACCAGAUGGAAAGCAACUCGAAUUUACUCAUAUGGAUAUGGCCGCCUUGAAAUCUUGUCUGGAUUUAUUAAUGGCCUUUUCUUAAUGGUUAUAGCAUUUUUUGUUUUCAUUGAGUCAGUGGCAAGAGUCUUUGAUCCUCCAGACAUAGACACAGAAAUGUUAACGCCUGUUUCCAUUGGAGGUCUGAUAGUGAACCUGAUUGGCAUCUGUGCUUUUAGCCAUGCCCAUUCCCAUGGUGGUUCUCAUAGCAGCUGUUCUUCACAUGAGCAUGGCCACAGCCACGGACAUGGACAUUCACAUAGUGACCAUGGGCAUGGAGGACAUGGCCACAGUCACAGCCACAGCCAUGGUCAUUCUCACGGAUCUUCAGCAGGAGGAAUGAACGCUAAUAUGAGAGGAGUAUUUCUGCACGUGCUGGCAGAUACACUAGGCAGUGUUGGAGUGAUCAUCUCAUCUCUUCUAAUACGGCAAUUUGGAUGGCUAAUUGCAGACCCUAUUUGUUCUCUCUUCAUUGCUGUGUUAAUCUUUUUAAGUGUCAUCCCACUUAUGAAAGAUGCUUGUCAGUUGUUGCUGCUACGGACCCCACCAGAAUAUGAGAAACAACUCAGUAGUGCCCUUAAUAAGAUCCAGAAAAUUGAAGGUGUUAUAUCUUAUCGAGAUCCUCAUUUCUGGCGCCAUUCAGCUAGUGUAAUAGGAGGAACCAUCCAUGUGCAAGUCAUGCCAGAUGUUGUGGAGCAGAGAAUCAUACAGCAGGUGGCGGCUGCUUUAAAAGAUGCUGGCAUAAAUAACCUGUCGGUUCAGGUGGAGAAGGAGUCGUACUUUCAGCAUAUGUCUGGGCUAAGUGCAGGUUUCCAGGACAUCCUUGCUAUGACGCAGCAAAUGGAAGCUGUAAAAUAUCUGAAAGAUGGUACUUACAUCAUGUGACAAGCCCAGAAAUGCAUCUACCUUAAAUCUACGGAAGAGGAGCAAUGGCAAUUCAAUGUAACAGGGAUUUUAUAAAUAGAAUAUUUAUUUUAAGAGAAACUGGACAAAAUUGGAUGCAAUACAUAGUUGUUUUGGAACAUUUGUUGAAUUUUUAAUCCAGAUUGGUGAAUAGAAAUUUGAAUAAAAGAUCUGGAUUGUCAGCAGCAGUGAGGUGGACAUUUUCAGCAUUAAACCCAUGGAACAAACUAUUCUCAAUCUGUAUCACACAUCCACAGGAUUUGGAUCAUGUUUACAUUUUAGCUAAAAGGAUCAGAUUUAUUAUUUUUCUUAUCCUCCGCAAAAUGUCACAUAAAGAUCACGUUGAUGUUAUAAAUUGUUUUGGGAAGGUAACAAAAGGGACAGAAACUUGGUUUGACUGAGAUUUUUUUUCUUGUGUUGAAUGCUGCAUCCAGUUUGUUUUGUGUGGAAUUGGCUUGUUAGUAAUUGACCAACAAUUUGCUGUUGUUAUCAGGUUUGUAUCAUUUGUCGUAUUUCGCAUGUAUUGUGUAUACAAAUCCUGUGGAAUUUUUUUCUUGGUGAAGCAUUGGAUGUCAAAUAAAAUUCUACCCUUUACUCAUAUUUUUAAUAAGUAAGUUGAAAAACAAAAAAAAACUGUACAUGCAGUAAAUCUGAACUGAAACAAAAACUGCUUAAAAAUACUCAGCAGAUCGGGUAGCAGCUGUGGAGAUAGAAUCAGAUACAAGGUUUCAUCUGAUGAAAGUACAUCGACCUGAAAUGUUAAUUCUCUUUCUCCAUCAUGCUGGCUGGCUUGCUGACUGGCAUUUUCUGGGGUUUUUUUGUAAGAUGUAUGGGGAAAAUAUGAGCAAAUUGCACCUAACUACUUAAGGAUUAAAUAGCUAUCAUUCUAAUGGA